CGAUGAAGUUGUGCAUUUGUUUAAGAUUUUUCAUUAAUAAUAAUAAAACGUAGAAUUUUGUAAAAUUGUAAAUAAAUUUUAUACAUAAUAAAAUGGGUGUUACUGUUUUAUUUCCAUAUCCACUACAUGAAAAUAAAACAAAUACACAAACACUGGAUUACUUGACUAAGCGUUUGCUCUCACUUGGUGCUGUGCUCUCAGGACAAUUCCUUGUGGAUUGUGAAACUUAUAUUUCAUCACCACCGUUUCCAUCUAAAGCAGUGCAUGUGCUACAUGAUUCAGAAUAUCCUGCUUCUUCAUUUUCUAUAUUAGAUAAUGGUGCUGGCAAGCAAAUACCAAUGGUGGCAGACAAUCUUUUUGAUUUGCUGAUGCUGAAAAUGGCACCAGUUUACACAGCAAAGAAACAAUCAAAAAUUGAAUCGAAAGGUGCACGAUUUGAAUAUGGUGAUUUUCUUAUUAAACUUGGUUCCGUUUCCAAUUUGGAUAAAUUCAAAGGCUUACUUAUCGAAAUUGAAUAUAGGCCAUGUGUGGUGUUAGCUUACUGCUGGGAGAUGAUACGUGAAUUGUUGCAAGGUUUUCUCGGCCAACCGGUACCAAAAGAGUAUCCAACAUAUUUUACACAACCAGUGGUCAAUGCAAUGGGUCAACAGCAAAUGCAUGCUAAACAAAAUGAUACAUAUGAACCACUUGAUACUAUAAAUCAGUAUUUGGAGCAUUUCUUGAAUUAUCGCAAACAGAAUCUUCUCCAAGCACAAGCAGCAGCUACAGCGAUGACUUCACAAAUGAAUCCUAGCAUGAUUGGAUAGUGGAAAAUAUAUGCAAAAGAUUUAUUUAAAAUGAUUAUUAAAAUUAAAAUGAAAAAUAUUAAUUUAUUACAUACUCGUAUGAAUAUAAAUAAGAUUUAUUAAUGUAAUAUUUUAAAUAUUAAUAAUAUAAGUA